AGCCGUUUUGGCCCAGUGAAUGUUUUGCAAUAGAAAUUACAGCACUCUCAGGUGCCACUGUGACCCAGCUUCAUGAGGAGGAAUGGGGCUGCAUGGUGGAGAGUGGAAAACAUGUUAGUGAUCUGAAGAAACUUCUGGCCGAUCGGGUUGGAUACUCAAGAUUCCGCCAGAGACUCUUGAGUGAAGACAUGGGCGAGCUUCCGGAUGACAUGCUGCUCAGACAAAUACCAAGUGUGCAGUUGGUAGUCCUGGACUUUGCCGCGCCUGAGGGUACCAUUUGGGAGGAUUUACGCCUUGCAUGUUUGAACAAUCGAGUUGUUGAAGUUACAGAGCUGUUGCAGAAACCACUGGAUCCCAAUCCCAGAGCAGACUCAGACAUCGACAUCAAGCCUCCACCUUUGCUACUUGCAGCAGCUCGGGGCCACUUGGAAGUAGUGCGGCUGUUCGGCUGUUAAUCGAGGCUGGAGCUGACACGAAUGCGACAGACAGACAUGGGACAACCACUUUGAUGGCUGCAGCUCAAGGUGGCCACUGGGAAGUGGUGCGGUUGUUACUCGAGGCUGGAGCUGACACGAAUGCAGUAACUGAUUAUGGGGCAACCGCUUUGAUGGCUGCAGCUCAAGGUAACCACUUGGAAGUGGUGCAGUUGUUACUCGAGGCUGGAGCUGACCCGAAUGCGAAAGACGACAGAUUGACAACCGCUUUGAUUGCUGCAGCUGAAGGUGGCUACUUGGAAGUGGUGCAGUUGUUACUCGAGGCUGGAGCUGACACGAAUGCGAGAGACGAAAGUGAUGCAUCCGCUUUGAUUGCUGCAACUGAAAAUGGCCACUUGGAAGUGGUGCAGUUGUUACUCGAGGCUGCAGCUGACACGAAUGCGAGAGACGAAAGUGAGGCAUCCGCUUGCUGCAGCUCGAAAUGGCCACUUGGAAGUGGCGCGGCUGUUACUCGAGGCUGGAGCUGACCCGAAUGGGAAAGACGCGUGUGAGGCAUCCGCUUUGAUUGCUGCAGCUCAUCGUGGCCACUUGGAAGUGGUACAGCUGUUACUCGAGGCUGCAGCUGACACGAAUGCGAGAAACGCGUGUGAGGUAACCGCUUUGUGGGAUGCAGCUCAUUGUGGCCACUUGGAAGUGGCGCGGCUGUUACUCGAGGCUGGAGCUGACCCGAAUGCGAAAGACCAUUGUGAGGCACCCGCUUUGAUUGCUGCAGCUCAAAAUGGCCACUUGGAAGUGGUGCGGUUGUUGCUCAAGGCUGCAGCUGACACGAAUGCGACAGACAGACAGGGGGCAACCGCUUUGAUGACUGCAGCUCGCAAUGGCUACUUGGAAGUGUUGUUGGUGGCGCAAAGGGGCUUGUUCUCCUUGUCACAAGAAGAAAGCACCGCCAAAUGGCAGGUGUUUCACUUGUGAAGAAGGGCACGGCACGGUCGACCACUCGAUCAGCGCGGUUUCGUGUGAAGACUCUCGAUCCAU